AUGGCAUCCCUCGCAUCAUCUCCACCACCUUCCUCCCCACCUAUUCAAGCUUCCUCACCCAUCCAUCAAUCGUCCGUCCCACCUCCACCACCUCAAGAUCCAAGUACGAGUACCAGCACAAGCACAAGUACGAAUACGAAUACGAAUGCGAAUGCAAAUGCAGAUACAGAUAAUCCCAGUGUCAAACACAAGAAGAAGAGAAAAUCAAGAGCCAAAGUGAAGAAUGUAGAAUUAGACGUAGAUGAUGAAAUUGGUGAUUUACUAGGUGAAGUUGAAGAUGAGGAAAUCACAGGUAAACGUGCUCGUGCUCGUGCUCGUGAUCGUGAUCAUGCUGGACCUUCCACAACCAAGAAUAAAGGAAUUGAUUUUGACGACGAAGAUGAAGAUGAGGAUCAAGUUGAAUUUGAAGAUCAACGGAUAUACGAUGAUCUCGAGGGUGAUAUAGACAUGGACGUGGAUAUAGAUCGUGAUAUAGAGGGAGAAUUUGGAACACGAACACGCAAGGAAGAAGGAAAGAGUAAGAAACAGCGUGGAAUCAAGGAGGAGGAAGGAGAAGAAGGUGAAGGUGAAUAUAAGUGUUAUUGGGGAGAUUGUGAAGGAAUCACAACGACACAUAAUGGAAUGAUAGAACACGUUAAAGAUGCCCACAUAAACGAAUCGAAAGAUCUUAUAUGUUAUUGGGUAGAUUGUCCUAGAUCAGGUCAAAGACAAGCUUCAAGACAUUCCUUAUCGACUCAUAUGAGAAUGCAUACUGGAGAAAGACCUUACAGCUGUUCAUAUCAUGGAUGUCCAAAAUCAUUCACUAGAUCGGACGCUCUACAAAAGCAUAUAAAAUCACAACAUAUCGAAAGACCUCCUAAACCCAUACCUCCUCCCCCUGCUCCUGCACCCGGUCCAGCCACCACAGCAUCAGCAUUGACAUCUUCAGGUAAGAAUGCUGAUAUCAAACCAAAACCAAAACCAAAACCAAAACCAAAACCAAAUACACAAAAACCAAAACAACAAAAAUCAAAAUCAAAACAAGCACCAUUACCAUUAAUCUCAACGCCUUUAACCCGUCAACCCUUAGGUGUAAUACCAAUUUCAGAUGAAGAUUUACUGUUGGACGAAGACUUGAUUGACAUCUUACCUAAAUUGAGAAAAAGAGAUAUCCUCUUACCUAAUAAUGAUGAAUUGGAAGCUUUAACUUAUAUAAGAUCAAUUUUCCCUAGAUCAAAUCCUUUUGUCAAUCAACAAAACGGAAAUCCAAAACAUGCUCAAAAUCAAAAUCAAAAUCAAAAUGGGAUUUCUAACGGAAAUGAAAGCGAAAAUGAAUUGAUCAAGAAUGAAUUAGAUGAUCCACCAAUAGAAUUAAGUAUACCUGAAGAAGCUCAGUUAUUACAAUCUAUUCCAGAUCCACAUAAUCCACAAUCCCAAUUAGACCUAUUAGGUAGAAGUGAAUGGCAAGCUAGAUACAUUAUGAUAAAAGCUAGAUUGAUGUUAGUUGAAGAAGAAAAUAAUAUGAGAAGAGCAGAAUUGAUAUCUUUGAUCCAACAAGGUUGA